AUGUCUGAGAGCACUAGCAAGAGGGCUCCCCGGUCAAACGAUCAGCUUCAGCCCAACCAGAAGAUGCGCACCACCUGUAACGCCUGCCAACAAGCAAAGAUAAGGUGCAGCCACAGUCACCCAUGCGAACGAUGCGAGAGCCACGGGUACCAAUGUAUUUACUCGAUCUCACAACCGUUAGGGCGGCCGGCCAAGAAAAAGACAGCUCGGCUGGCGUCGAGCGUACAAACACGCAAGCGGGAAGGGGAAGCAGUUGAUCGUUGGGCACGACGGAACGCUAGAAGGGGCGCCACAAGGCCAAGUCCACCAGCGAGAGAGCAGCGGGUGCGCAAGGUUUGGGAUCGGAUGCCGAGUCCGAGUACAACAUUUAUCGGCGCGGAUCCUAUUGGGAGAGAAGUGUUGCACAGAAGUGACUCGGGCACCGGUACUCGAAUCUUACCGGUGGAUGAAAACUCGCAGUGGCCGAGUAUCGAAGAUUUAAUCUCGGAUAUUCCAGAGGACCACAUUUCUGGUGACGGUAACAACAACCAAGAGCCAGUCAGCAAGUAUGAGUCCAAGACAUGUGUCGAUUCAAGCUCCCUUGAUAUCGACCCCCACUGGUCGUUCGAGCAAAUGGACGGAUGCGAAUGUACCGGGUGUUCCACUCUUCCAGAGCCCAGCUCUAACCAUUCCACGCAGUGUCUUGCUCCCCAGGUCGGUUUGAUGGUUGACGAGACUCACACUGGCGACAGGCGUCCUUUCCACGCGGCUGUGCCAGGUACCCAAGGCACAUCAUUGUUCCGGGGUGGUGCCAUCUACCCUUAUAGCCUAUCGCCAGAUGCAAUGCAGAUCUCGGGAACAGUGCAGGACCCUGCCAGAAUAAUGGAUCUGCCCUCCACUGAAAUCUGGCAGGAGGUUCUGGAAGCUGAUCUCUUUCACUUUCUUCGGCCCGAAAAUACUGAUUUGUAUGAACUGCCAGGGCAAUCCUCCGCUAUCCAUUGCAAUUGCUAUUCUCAGGCUUUCAGCGAAGCCCUUCGUUGUGAGGAGUCAAAGGACCCCCACGAGAUAUUGAUUCACCUGGAAAGGGUGCAGCAACGGGGAUUGGUCACCCUUCAAUGUCCAUCGUGCUAUGGAGCAAAUGCCAGGGCUGACAUCCUGACCUUGUUAAUCAUGGGAAUCGAGAAGGCAGCACGCGCGUUGAAGAGUAGGACCACAAUGGCGAUUACCUCGGUGCAAGGGGGAAUCUAUGCCGUCUGGGGAGCAGAAGGCCUUAGCCAGUUGCGACGUUGUCUUUCUCAUCUGUCAAUCAUCGUCCGCUUUAUAUACCACGACCUCGAGCGUGCGACACCCUCAACGUGGCGCUUGGUCAUGGCCGAUGAGACAGAUAGGCGGCUGCAGUCGAUCAUUCGGCUCUUUGAGUGA